AGCCUGUGGUUCCGAAUUCAGAAGAUGGUGGAAAUCUACAAACCCGACUGGUGUGAUACUCGGGCAGACUGGUCAGUUUAUCUGUUCUCCCCACAGAAUAGUUUCCGCCUGAUGUGUCAAAUGAUCAUCACCCACAAGCUCUUCGAUUACAUCGUUCUGGCCUUUAUUUUCCUGAACUGCAUCACGGUGGCGUUGGAGAGGCCUGAGAUUGACCAGGGAAGCACAGAAAGGAUCUUCCUCAGCGUUUCCAACUAUUUCUUCACAGCUAUCUUUGUGGCAGAGAUGACCCUGAAG